GAAAAUGUAUUCACUUACACAUCUGUGUGAAACAGUUCACGUUAUAUAAUGGUGGAUUUGUAGAACUGCACUUGUAGUUCUUGUAUUUGGAUACCUGUUAUUUGAAAUAUAUGACAAUGUCCUUUAGCAGAGUAAUUGUGCGGUCACUUUCUACCAGUUCUGUUACUCAACAAUUGAUCAAGCCUCCAAUCCAAGUAUACGGAAUAGAAGGACGAUAUGCCACUGCACUUUAUUCUGCAGCUACAAAACAAAAAACAUUAAAUAAUGUUGAAAAAGAUCUGCUUAAACUUCAAGAUCUUCUGAAGAAGGAUAAACAAUUAGGAGAAUUUGUGCAGAAUCCAUCAAUAAAACGAAAAGAUAAAGUAGAAGCACUUAAGGCAAUUGGUAAAAAAGUUAGUCUCAGUAGUGAAACUGUAAAUAUAUUGGGUCUACUGGCAGAAAAUGGCCGACUUUCACUUCUAAACAGUGUGAUUAAUACAUUUAAAUUAUUUAUGGCUGCUAAUAGAGGUGAGGUUCCUUGUGAAGUAAUAACUGCAAAACCACUUGAUAAUGAAAUAACAUCUAAGCUCCAAGCAGCUCUAAAGGGAUUUUUAAAUAAAGGUGAAUCUAUUUUGCUUACAUCAAAAACUGAUCCUUCUAUUAUUGGAGGUAUGAUUAUAUCAAUAGGUGAUAAAUAUAUAGACAUGAGUGUUGCCAGUAAAGUAAAAAAAUACUCUGAUAUUAUUGCCGACACAGUGUGAUCACUUUUUCUAAUAUUCAGUGAUAUGAGUACUCACAUAGAACAAUUUAUUGUAUAUAUCAUUAAACAAUAAAAUAUUCAGAAUCUACUUAUUCCUAUUAAAAA